AUGGAUGUCCCUGAGCCCGAGCAGACUCCGUUCACCGCGGUGACUGCACAGACGUCGAAGCUCGCCAGAAAAUAUCAAACCCUUCUCGAUGCCUCGACGCCGUUCACUGCCUACCGCUGGAUCGGCACCGUCGUCCUUCUCAUUAUCUUCUUCCUGAGGAUCAUCCUCGCUCAGGGCUGGUACAUCGUCGCCUACACUCUCGGCAUCUACCUUCUGAACCUCUUCCUUCUUUUCCUUCAGCCCAAGUUCGACCCUUCUCUCACUCAAGACGAAGGUCUCGAGGACGGCGACGCAGCUGCAUCCCUCCCUACUAAGCAGGACGACGAGUUUCGUCCGUUCAUUCGCCGUCUCCCGGAGUUCAAGUUCUGGGAGAGCGCCACCCGCGCCAUUGCCAUUGGGUUUGUCUGCAGCUGGUUCAGUGUCUUUGAUAUCCCUGUGUUCUGGCCUGUGCUCGUUGUGUACUGGAUUAUCCUUUUUGUCUUGACCAUGCGCCGACAGAUCCAGCACAUGAUCAAGUACCGCUACGUACCUUUCUCCUUCGGCAAGGCCAAGUACGGUCGGUCGUAA